AUGAAUGGAGCCGUAGAAGCUGCCAACAAGAACAUCAAAACGAUCUUGAGGAAAAUGAUUGGCAAUCACAGAGGUUGGCAUGAGAUGUUGCCAUAUGCUCUGUUGGGAUACCGAACAACUGUCAGAACAUCAAUUGGAGCAACCCCAUACUUGCUAGUGUAUGGGACGGAGGCCGUAAUCCUCGUCGAAGUAGAAAUACCUUCGUUGAGAAUCAUUCAAGAAGCUAAAUUGAGCAAUGCCGAUUGGGUUCGUAAUCGAAUUGAACAUUUAACUUUGAUUGAUGAAAAGAGAAUGACUGUCGUUUGCCAUGGUCAAUUGUACCAGCAAAGAAUGACUCGUGCUUUUAACAAGCGAGUGAGACCAAGAACAUUUGAAGUCGGUCAGUUGGUUCUCAAACGCAUUUUUCCACAUCAAAAUGAGUAUAAAGAAAAGUUUGCGCCAAAUUGGCAAGGACCAUACAUAGUUCGCAAAGUAUUGUCUGAAGGUGCCUUAAUAUUGUCCGAAAUGGAUGGCCAAGAGUGGCCGAAGCCAAUCAACUCAGACGCCGUCAAGAGAUACUUUGUUUGA